AUGCUGAGCCCCGGAGCAUUUCUGCUGCAGGUUUGUUUGAGUCUGGUAUUUUCCAGUGGCUCCUGCACCUGCAAACCUCUCAACAACGAUAUUGAAAGCUAUGACCCUGAGGAAUUCUACUCUCAGCUGUCAGAGGAGGACCUUCUGGAGGAGGAAGAUACAGACUUGAGGAUGGAGAACCUCCUUGGAACCAUGAAGGAAGGCUUUUUGAGGAAACUCAACCUGUCAGAUGUUCCACAGGAGAACAGCAAGAUCUACCCUCCUCAGUUUAUGCUAGAACUUUACAACAAGUACGCCACGGACAGCUCGACCAUCCCUCAGUCUGAUGUGAUACGAAGUUUUACUGUGCAAGAUAUCAAACUCUCUAUGACAAAUGGUACAAAGUCAAAACACAGGCUGCAGUUUAACGUCACCGUCCCCAGUCAUGAGAAGAUCACUACAGCAGAACUGCAGAUCUUCUUCUUCCCAGACGCUGCAUCCACAACAUCCUACCACAGCUUCCACACCAUCGUCAAAGUCUAUGAAGUGGAUCGAAACGAUUUGACAUCCACAGCCCAACUACUGGUCGGCAGAGAGGUGACCAGCUCGCAGACUAUGUGGAUGAGGUUUGAUGUGACCUCAGCGAUUCAGAGGUGGAUCAAAUCAGGCAGUGCUGCAACAGUUUUUGAUGUUGUGGUUGACAAAAGGGACUGUGGGGCUUCUCUCAGUGGAAAGGCGGCAGCAGGUUGUUUUAAUAUGAGCAUGUCCAUUGGAGAUAACACCUCAACUGCUUUGAUCGUCUUCUCAGAUGAUCUGGAUAGCAGAAAUAGGGAGAACAAGAAAGAGUUAAGAGAGAUGAUCCACCACCAAGAGGAAACCUUCUUACACUCAGGAGCGGACUGGAACAGAGGAGAGGAACUGCCAAACCAAAUCCUGGAAGCCCAACAACAUCCACGGAGAACCAAAAGAAAGGCAGAGAGGGAGUACUGCCAGCGAACCUCACUCAAGGUCAACUUUAAGGACAUCGGCUGGGACAGCUGGAUUGUGGCACCACCGGAAUAUGACGCCUUCGAAUGCCGAGGCCUCUGUUACCACCCGCUGACGGACGAAUCAACCCCGUCCAAACACGCCCUCAUCCAGACCCUGAUCAACAUCAGGGACCCCAAGAAGGCCAACAUGGCAUGCUGUGUCCCCAUAAAACUAGACCCCAUCACAGUCAUGUAUCAGGAGAACGGACGGCUCACUAUAAGAUACUUGUAUGAGGAGAUGAAGGUGGCAGAGUGUGGCUGCAGGUAGUUGGAGAGGUUUAGUUUGCUAUGGUGGAAGUGCAGGUGGUGAUAAUAUGAUCAUCGCCCCCUACUGGUCCACUAAAAGGAAAGAUGACCAGGAAAAAAACUUGAGACCUCCUAUUCUCAUUUUUCUCCACAUUCAACAGUAUAUGUUGUGAGAUAUUAUUUUACACUCACUCAUUCAUGGACAUUUGGAGAGUCAUGCAGAGUUAACCGUGCCUGGUCCAGAAUAAGGGUGCUACACUGAAAUUAAAUAUAUGCAUAUACAGUCGUUUGUUUGUAUGUGAUAAUGCUGUAUAGCAGUGAUUCCCAAACACUGGAUCGAGGCCCACAGACGG